AUGAGGAUCCUACAGAGCCUAGCAGUUCUGCUGCUUCCAUUGACAGUGUUAGCCGCGAAGAAGCCCACUGAGGACCGCUUCAGCGAAUUCCGCACAAAGUCGCAAGCUGCCACACCUAUCAAGCUCAACGACGACCUCUAUACCCAGUUGACAACUGCUCCCCGGGACCACGCCGUCGCCGUGCUCCUGACAGCCCUGGAGAGCCGAUUCGGCUGCCAGUUGUGCCGAGAGUUCCAACCGGAGUGGGAUCUGCUUGCUAAGAGCUGGACGAAGGGGGACAAGAAGUUGGAAUCGAGGUUGUUCUUUGGCACAUUGGACUUUGCGGAUGGGAAGAAUACGUUUCAAUCGUUGAUGCUCCAAACCGCUCCCGUCCUGCUCCUCUUCCAUCCCACCGUCGGGCCCAACUCCAAGCUUGACCCCCAUCCUGUUCGCUUUGACUUUACCAUGGGCGCCCAAAACGCGGACACGAUCCACGCCUGGCUCUCUCGCCAUCUCCCCGAUGGUCCCCACCCCCGCGUCGUCCGUCCCAUAAACUGGGUCCGCAUCAUCUCCAUCACGACCGGUGUCCUGGGCGCCAUUACUCUCUUCGCCGUCGCGGCGCCCUACAUCAUCCCGAUCCUGCAGAAUCGCAACCUGUGGGCGGCAUUCAGCCUCAUUGCCGUGCUGCUCUUCACGUCUGGGCACAUGUUCAACCACAUCAGGAAGGUGCCUUAUGUUUCUGGAGACGGGCGCGGAGGGAUCAGCUAUUUCGCGGGCGGAUUCCAGAAUCAGUUUGGGCUGGAGACCCAGAUUGUUGCUGCGAUGUAUGGCGUCUUGGCCUUCGCGGCUAUUUCGCUCGCGCUCAAGGUGCCGAGGAUGGCCGACCCAAAGGCGCAGCAGAUCGCUGUAUUCGUGUGGGGCGGGAUCAUGCUUGGGAUGUACAGCUUCUUGCUCAGCGUUUUCAGACUGAAGAACGGAGGAUAUCCGUUCUGGCUGCCGCCUUUCUAG